AUGUCCACUGAAACCGCUCUAUCUUACGCUGCUUUGAUUCUAGCCGACUCUGAGAUCGAAAUCUCUUCUGAGAAGUUGCUUUCUUUGACCGAAGCUGCCAACGUUCCAGUUGAAGGUAUCUGGGCUGACAUCUUUGCCAAGGCUUUGGAAGGCCAAAACGUCAAGGACUUGCUAGUCAACUUUUCUGCUGGUGCCGCCGCUCCAUCUGGUGCUGCUGGUGCUGGUGCUGCCGGUGCCGCCGGUGACGCCGCUGCCGAAGAAGAAAAAGAAGAAGAAGCCAAGGAAGAAUCCGACGAUGACAUGGGUUUCGGUUUGUUCGAUUAA